AUGAUCGCCAAAAUCGGCUCACCGCUUGGGGCGCCUUCCCUGGCGGCGACAGCGGCUCAGUUCAGAAACCGCCUGCCCACCCAGUUCCGGCGGGCUCUCCCCAUUUACAUCGGCGCCGUUUGCUUGAUUUUAUUCAUCUUCAACCUCAACCUUUUCCAGUCAAGCGGACGCGUGCCUCUCAGCCGCCCAACCGUUUCGGGCGCCAACGUCCCCCAAGUCCGCGGGGAUUUUCCGAAAAAGAUCUGGCAGACGUGGAAAGUGAACCCGCUCAAGUUCGAGGAGCGUGAUCUCAACACGGCGCGGACAUGGCUUGCCAAGAACCCCGAUUACCGAUACGAGGUCCUGACGGACGGCAAUGACCUCCGCUAUGUCGAAUACCACUUUGGCCCCGACGGCUUCAACCGACCCGACAUUGUCAACUUUUACCGCGAUCUCAAGGCGGCCAUUGUCAAGGCCGAUCUUCUCCGCUACAUGAUCAUGUAUGCUGAAGGUGGCCUGUAUGCCGAUAUCGACGUCGAGGCCCUGAAGCCGAUUCAAAAGUUUGUCCCAGAGCGAUACGCCGAAAAGGACAUCGACAUGGUGAUCGGCGUCGAAAUUGACGAGCCUGACUGGAGGGAUCACCCGAUUCUCGGCCCCAAGUCGCGCUCCUUCUGCCAGUGGACAUUUAUGUGCAAACCCCAGCUGCCUGUGAUGAUGAGGCUCAUUGAGAAGAUCAUGUCGUGGCUGCACGGUGUUGCCAAGGAGCAGGGCGUUUCCAUUUCCGACGUCGAUUUGGAUUUUGAUCAGAUCAUCAGCGGCACCGGCCCGUCUGCUUUCACCGAGGCCAUCAUGAUCGAGAUGGAUCUACACAAGGAGGACCCGAGGACCAAGAUCGACUGGGACUUGUUCCACGACUUGGGCGAGUCCAGGGUUGUCAGCCGUGUACUUGUUCUUACCGUCGAGGCGUUUGCUGCUGGCCAGGGCCACUCGCACUCAGGUAACCACGAGGCCCGAGCCGCUCUUGUCAGGCACCACUACCACGCGUCCAACUGGCCUAGCAGGCACCCCCGCUACAGCCACCCGGCGUACGGUGAGGUUGAGCGCUGCAAUUGGAACCCGGACUGCAGGAGGAAAGCUGAGGAGGAGAAGAAGAGGAAGGAGAAGGAGGAAGCUGAUAAGAAGAAGAAGGAGGACGAAGAGGCGGCACGGAAGAAGAAAGAAGAGGAAGAGGCCGCUGCGCGUAAGAAGAAGGAAGAGGAAGAGGCGGCUAAGGACAAGGGGAAGGCGGCUGGGGGCAACCAGAACCAGCAGGAGAAGAAGUCUGGGUGGUUCACAUGA